UUUUUUUUUUUCUUUUUCUUUUCCUCAAUUUUUUCUAAAAAAUAAUUUGCUGGAUUAAAUGCCGUCAACUUCAAUACCGCCGUUAGUUCGAACUACCUCGGUGAAAGCAAAAUAUGUUCUUGGUAUCUGUGCCAUGGAUAGAAAAGCAAGAUCAAAACCUAUGCGCUGUAUAUUAGAUAAAAUGCUUGCGUACGGAGAUUUUGAAGUGGUAAUAUUUGGUGACAAGACAAUCAUUGACGAAGCCGUUGAAAAUUGGCCUGGGUGUGAUUAUUUGAUUUGCUUUUUUUCUGAUGGAUUUCCUUUGGAUAAAGCAAUUCAAUAUGUUAAACUUCGUAGCCCUUUUUGUGUCAAUGACGUAUGUAUGCAGUCUUUAUUAUGGGACCGUCGUAUAGUACUUGCCGUUUUGGAUGCUGUAGGCGUACCUACUCCCCCUCGUCUAGUCAUAUCGCGUGAUGGUGGCGCAAAAGUAGAUCCUGAUGCAGCUCAGUCAUUUCAUGAACAUUCUGGCAUGGAUAUCAAUCGCGUGUUAGGAAAAUAUAGUCAAAACACUAAAAACUAUAAAGUCACUGAUGAAGGUGUAGAAGUUGACGGAGCCUUUUUGUCGAAGACUUUUUUGGAAAAACCUGUAGAUAGCGAAAACCAUAACAUUAAUAUAUACUACGAUACUGAAAAUGGUGGAGGUGGAAGACGGUUAUUUAGAAAGGUUGGUAACAAGUCAAGUGAGUUUGAUCCGAAUCUUAAUCUGCCUGCUACCGAAGGAUCAUGGAUCUAUGAGCAAAUGAUGGUAACAGAAAAUAGCGAGGACGUCAAAGUAUAUACUGUAGGCUCACAGUUUGUUCACGCUGAAACAAGAAAAUCACCCACAGUCGACGGUUUGGUAAAGCGUAACACUGAAGGAAAAGAGAUUCGGUAUGUCACAGAAUUGACACCUGAUGAAAAGGUAAUUGCAGCUAAAGUUUCAAAGGCUUUUGGCCAAAUGAUUUGUGGACUUGAUCUAUUGAGAGUCAAAGGAAAGUCAUAUGUUAUCGAUGUAAAUGGAUGGAGUUUUGUGAAGGGAAAUGAACAUUACUAUGACCAAUGCGCCAAACUCUUAAGCGAAUCAUUCUUACGGUCUGUUCAACGACGACCUUCUACCACCCUCCAUGAUAUUCCUCGUGAAAUUUUGCCCGAAAAUUCUUGGAGACUAAAAGGUUUUGCUGCAGUAUUUCGUCAUGGUGACCGUACACCAAAAAACAAACACAAAAUUUCAUUGGUUUCACAGCCUUUUAUCGAUCUUUUAGAAGGAAGCACGCAAGAAGUUGUAUUUCGUCAAAAGCACCAAUUGCAACUAGUCACUAAUGCUAUCAACAAAUGUCUCGAACAGAAUUUGGAAGAUGAAAGUAAAUUAAUGGCAAUGAAGGAAAUCCUAGAAAAAAAGAGCGAAUUGCCUGGCACCAAAGUCCAAGUGAAGCCUAUAUUUGAUAAAGAUUUAAAUACCUUGAGGAAAUUACAAGUGAACAUCAAAUGGGGUGGUGAAUUUACUCAUGCAGGUUUGCACCAAUCUCGCGAUUUAGGCGAGAAUUUGCGAAAAGAUAUGAAGAUUCUGAACAAACAUGUCACUGAUGACAUUAAAAUCUGGAGUAGUUCCGAACGCAGGGUGCGUGCGACAGCGGACGUGUUCACUCGUUAUUUUCUGGGUCGGCCUGAAUCAAUCGACGGAGUAAUAUCCGAAAGCAAGUACUUGUUAGACGAUAGUAAUGCUGCUAAAGAGCAAAUGGACGCUGUGAAGAAGCAGCUCAAGGCAUUGCUUAGACCCGGGUAUGAAAUCCCUUCCGUGUUAUUAGCACAAUGUGGAUGGCCUGCAAGCAUGGCCCAACCUCAUGUCGUCCUUCAAGAAGUAUCUUCCAUUAUGGCACGUUUAAGAGAUGUCAUGCGGUUAAACUGGGCUACAAAAGACGUAGAUCAAUUGCAGCGUCGUUGGUGUUGCUUCGAAUCACCAAAUUUGUUUAAAGAACGUUGGGAAAAGAUGUUCAAUAAUUUCUGUAUUACACAAGUAAGUGACAGUGAUGAUUCUGAUAUGAAAAAGGAAGCAUCUUGCCCUGAUCCUUCCGGCAUCCCUGAAUUAUAUGAUUCCUUGAAGUAUGACGCUUUGCACAACCGACAAUUCUUAGAGGCUAUAUUUAAUGAUCCUGAGUCACCAUCUUCCCCUUCUCCUUCCGAAAGCAGUAGUAGUGGUUCAGACUGUGGAAGCUAUCGUCCCGCCGAUCUUUCGGAAACGUGUAGUGCUGAUCUCCGCAAUUUAUACGCUUAUGUUAGAGUUCUGUUUAAUUUUGUCGCUCCACAAGAAUAUGGUAUCAGUGAGAAAGAAAAGAAGACUAUUGGUAUGCUGAUUGGGUUACCCUUAUUGAAAAGUAUUUUGAACGAUAUGGAGGAUUUUAAAGAAUCUGAAAAACCAAAAACAAGACUUUAUUUCACAAAAGAAUCACACGUCCAUGCUCUCCUGAACUUGGUGUAUCUAUCUGGUUUACCUACUAAAUUUCCCCGUCCCAUUUUGCCUGAAUUAGAUUUCUUGACUCAAAUUACAUUUGAAUUAUAUGAGCGUAAUAGGCAUAACGGAUCUGAUAAGGAAUAUUCACUUCGUAUCGCUUUUAGUCCGGGUGCGCAUUAUGACAGUGUAUUAGAUUUACAUAUGGAUGCCGAACAUUGUUUAAAGGUGGCUCCUAGAAAGUAAGUAAUUUGACACAUUUAGCAAAAAUCGAUCUAAUAUAGAAAAUCAAGGAACUUGAUCCCUCAUUUAUCUUUGGAUGAGGUUCUGCAGUAUUAUAAAACCUCGUAUCUAAGAAUUCCCGAGUUGGCGACCAUUGAACGCCAAAUUGAUGAGCGAAAAUUAUAUUACGCACAAGAAGAUAACCAAUAAUGUAUAAAUAAAACCCCACAAAAUCUACUAUGUACAUUUCGAUCAACAACCCACGCAAACUCUGAUCUACUUGGCAACUCUAUGCAUAUAUCUUUAAAUAAAUACUACUUGCGAACGCACGAAUAA